AUGAAGUUCUCCGUGAUCUCGAGCGCACUGGCCUGCACCGCUGCGUGCGCCAUUUCAGCGCUGGCGGCACCGACCAUCAACAAGGCUGACUUCGACAGAUUGAACCUCGGUUUGAACUUCGAGCUCCUGGAGCUGGAACUCUUCAAUCUUGGGAUUGACAUCUUUGUCCCCAAAGAGUGGGAGGACGCAGGCUACGGCGCGAGUUUUGUGGAUGAUCUUAAGUUUAUGCGCGACCAGGAAGUUCAGCAUGCCGCGGUUUUGCAACAAAUUCUGAAAGGAAAGGGCGCCAAGCCAUGCGAGUAUCAGUUUCCCAAGUUUGAAACUGUCGACGAGUUCCUGAACUUUUCGAGCAUCGUUACCAGUGUUGGAGAGGCAGGCUACUUGGGCUUCACAUUCCAGCUGAACAACAGGAGUUCCAUCCUGACGUCAAACCAAAUCUUCACCACGGAGGCUCGACAAAAUGCCCGGUUCCGUAGUGCUCGCAAGCUCAACUCCCUGAACGCAAACUUCGACACGCCUUUGACCGAGUCGCAAUCUUAUACCCUCAAUGCGCCCUACAUCAAGAAGUGUCCCGACACCAACCCCCCCAUCCCAUACACCGUUUUUCCCCAACUCAACGCCACAAUCAGCAAGGACCAAAAGAGCGUGACAUUCUACUGGGACAAGAAAGAGGAGAAGAAGGAUCAACAGGUCCACGUCGCCUGGGUCAACCAACUCGCCGUCACCUUUACCGACUUGAAGGAAGACGGCAGCGCGGACAUUCCCGACGGCGUUAUUGGCAACACGUUCGGAAUCAUUACAUCAAAGGCGCGCACCGACAAGAAGGGACCCUUCGUGCGUGACAGCGAUGUCAUUGCUGGUCCCGUUGCCCUUCCCCUGAGAACGCUCAGGAACCAGUCUGAUAAAGACGAUUGA